AUACUUCAUUACUAUUUCGCGCCACUGAGCUAGGUCCUUGCAGCAACACAAACGGCAGUAGAAAAAUUAAAAAUAAAAAGUAGCUAGUUUCUACAGUGACGUUUACUUUACCUGCAUCUGCGCUUGGAGUUUACAAGGAGACUAUAUUAGUCACGACUAAAUGAAGCAAAAGCAGUAUGUGGCAAGACCUCUUUAUGAACCUUUCAGGACGCCAGCCCCUUCGCGGGAAAACUGUGCCUAAUCUCCGCCUCCGGCGAGUUCGGAACGGCUUUGGCGCGAGUCUGCAGAGUGCUGGGUCUUUCCUUUGCCGGGACGUUGAAAGAGGUUGCUGCUGGUUUCUAGCAGUAAGAAUUCAUCUCUCAGCAACAUGGAUCCCUUCCGUCUGCAGGUAGGCGCGUCGAUGAGAAGGCAAUCUUCCAGGAAAGAAGAAACCCGCAGCAUUCCGCAAUACAAAACUGAUCCCCAUGGAAACCUCUUCAUCCUCGGAUGACAGUUGUGACAGUUUUGGCUCUGAUAAUUUUGCAAACAUGAAACCAAGCUUCAAGCCAGAAGUUGCAGAAGAGAUGGCUAAAAUCUUUUAUGAGGAUUCGGAUGAUGAAUCAUUCUGUGGUUUUUCAGAAAGUGAUAUUCAGGAUGCACUGAAACUGGAGACAGAUUCUGAGGAAAAUAUGAGUGAUGAAGAUAAAUUUUCAUGUAAGACACCACAAAAAUGCUCCGUUCCUCUUAAAGUUGCUAUGAAGUUCCCACUUCGAAGAUCUAAGAGGGGGAAGAGCAAAAUAGUUUUAGACUCAAAACCCUCCUCUGAACUGGAAUUGGACUCUGACUCCGAUGAAGAAAGAGGCCCGAAAUUCUUAGAGAAAAGGGCUUUAAAUAUAAAGGAGAACAAGGCCAUGCUUGCAAAACUAAUGGCAGAAUUAAAAAAUGUCCCUGGAAUUUUUACUAGGAAAGGUCUACUGUCAACUCCUACCCUGAAACCACAGCGUUCGCCAAGGAAAUCAUUUCCGAGAACUGCAUUAAGGAGGAAUCCAGAAAGAAAUUCCAGGCCCCACACAAGAUCCAGAUCCCUUAUUGAAGGUCCUCCAAGUCCUGUAUCAGAGAAGGAGGAGGAUCCUUACUAUUUAGUGAGAAGGAAAAUGUCUGAUGAAUAUUCUGAGGAUGAAAUAGACACUCCCAAAAGAAAACGUGCUGUGACUCUUCCCCAUGUAAUCUGUUCAGUGGAAGAAAUAACUGAGGAAGAGUUGAAUGGUAUCUGUGAGACUGCCAGAGACAAAGUGUACAACCGUGUGACAGGUUCCACUUGUCAUCAGUGUCGCCAAAAAACUAUAGACACUAAGACAAACUGUCGUAACCCAGAAUGUAUAGGAGUACGUGGCCAGUUCUGUGGGCCUUGUCUUCGCAAUCGCUAUGGAGAAGAAGUCAGGACUGCCUUGUUGGAUCCGGACUGGCACUGCCCACCUUGUCGUGGGAUUUGUAACUGUAGCUUCUGCAGGCAGCGGGAAGGAAGAUGUGCUACAGGUGUGCUGGUUUACUUAGCCAAGUACCAUGGAUAUGACAACGUUCAUGCUUACUUGAAAAGUCUGAAACAAGAACUUGAAAUGCAAGAAUGAAGGUCAAGCACUGUUCUGUGGUCAUCGGCCAUACCCAUCUUAAGGUUAAUUGUCUGAUUUGAAGUUCAGGGCUUUUUUUCUAGUAUUCUUAGCAUUAUUUUUUUGUUAAGUGUUAUAACAAAACUCAUUGUGUCAUUUGACUAAAGUUCCAUGUUAACGGGGUGUGAAUUUCUAAUUCCAUUAGGUAGCCAUUUUCCUCCUUUCAUGCUGGAUGCUAUUAGUUAUUACAUGUAUUAUGCCAGCCGUAUGGAUAUGCUUAUUCAAUACAUUUGUACCUUCAUGGCUUCAUGCAAGGGCUGUAACUUACAGAAAGGCUUUACCAUGUGGCUCUCUUGAAUAUCGCCAUGCCACGACCUCACAUCCUGGGAGGUAGUUGGCAUAGAGAAUAUCCGUGCAACUUAGAGGGUUUACAUGGUGUUUGUAUCUUGCAGUCUUUGAACUGAUGUGUGAUGGCAACAGCUCCAAUCAAUUAGUUUUUCCCCUUUUCUGGAAAGGAGAAGAUAGACUUCCUUUUGGGAAUUCUAGUGCUAAUACCACCUCUUACAGCUUAACAACAAACCAAACAAAUAUCCUGGAAUCUGUAGCUCUGAUGGGAACUAGUGUUUGUCUUAACUGAUGUUGCAGAAGAAGGUAAUUGUAGAUACCUGGUUUCUUCAAAGAAACUGUGAUAAAGGUGAGGUUUAACAAUAGUAUAGUUUAUCAUUCAUGUUCAAGAAAGCAUUUAGAUGUAUGAAUAGGAUUUUACAAAAUUUCGCAAAAUGCUUAGAAUGGUAGAUUUUUUAAAAAGGAAGACAGACAGCUGGUAAUAAAGUUCAGAAGAGUUCCUGAAGUGUCUUAAAAUUCUUAAAGCAACAGUGUUGCUGGGGGCUUGGUAGAAUAUGCAAAAUAAGCAAUGUAUGCCUAAAGGUUUGGGAGCUGAUUUGCACAAUGGCUAAGCAUCAAAGUCCUCUGCAAAAGUGAGUAUUGCAUCACAUUUCAUUCUGGAUGGGUGGUAAGGAGCAUACACAAACCAGCAGCUUGCUGUCAGGCUCACUGUAUGUAGAUCAUGCAGGGGUCAUGUUUAUGAGAACAGUUAGGCAAAAAACAAAACAGUUUAUGAGUGUAGACUGAUCUAAACAGAGAGAGUUGUGCAGUAGUGUUUCAAAGGACAUUUAAAUCAUGUGGCUUCCACUUCAAAUAUCAAUCAUAGGUGGGGUCUGAUACUUUCAGUCAUCCAAUUUGCUUCAAACUACUGACUGACAUAUUGUGUUUGGCUAAAAAUUAAACUGCUAUGCUUCAUGGAUAAGAGGGUGUAAUAUGAUACAAAAUUUAUGCUAAUACUGACUUUUGUACAAGAGGGGAAUUUGAAUUCCUAAAUCUUGGAUUACUGUGAACAUGAAAAGACAUAUUUCUGCUAGGACAGAUUCUUUUGUACAAAUCUGUUGUUGCUGCUCUAAAGUACACAGUGUGCAGUUCAACAUAUUUGAUAUUGUAAAGUACAAAUGGCAGCUAGAAAUUCUAUUUCUCCUAUGGACAGGAUGGGGGCAGGGUUGCUUUCUAAUUGUGCGCUUGAAAACAAAUGAAAUCUUAACUAUUUUGCUUUGCCUCUAAUGUGAAAAAUGUUCAAGGUACAGCACUCUUAUGUAUGUAUAUGCUGGCUUUUCUUAAGCGUAGCAAAGGACUGUAACACUCUUGUAUUCUCCUUAAGUAGUUUCAUAAAUAGUGUAAAUGGAUCUGGUGAUCUAUGGAGCUCUUAUGUACAAAGUGUAGUUUUGAUAAUAAAAACUUCACCUGAAAAAAA